AUGGAGAAAUAUGAAUACAGUGUCAUGCUAAAGAUCGCGGAGGUGAUGGCCAUUGGCAGCACCUAUAUCGUGGUCUCAGCAGGUCUGAUCACCUUCAACAAGUACCUGAUGAAAGAGGGCCGUUUUCCACACGCCGUGCAGCUUACCGCUAUGCAUAUGGCAACCACUAGCCUCCUCUCCAUGAUUUUGUGCUUGGCCAUUCCGUCGAUCUAUCCGUCCAUGCCGAAGGCCAUGGAGAAUUGGAAGCACCUUUCCAGGUUUAUGGUGCCGUUAGGCCUCCUUUUCUCCUUAGCCUUGUUCACCUCCAACCAGGCCUAUUUCUAUUCCUCGGUGGCCUUUUUGCAGUUCUGCAAGCAAGGCAACGUGGCGGUGAUUUUCCUGGGCGGCUGCAUGGUGGGACUGCAGAACUUCAGCUGGACAAAGUUGAUGGUUCUGGGCGUGGUGGCCUGUGGCUGCUCCAUGUGUGCCACUGGUGAGAUCAAAUUUGCCUUGCCAGGGCUCCUGUUGCAACUUCUUUCCCAGAUCGCGGAGUGCACCAAGAAUCUCAUUGGAGAAGUGGUGCUGACGGGUGCCGGCUUGAAAUUGGACGUGUUGACCUUUGUGGCGUUUCAAGCUCCAUUCUCCUUGCUGCCACUCUUAGCAGGAGCUUUCUGGCUGUGGACGCCUGAGGUGGCACAUGACUUCGGAGUCAUGUGGCAUGUUCUGUUGCUGAACGCCUGUCUGGCCUUUGCCCUGAACGUUCUCAUUGCCUUGACCCUGAAACGGCUCUCGGCCCUGUCCUUCGUUCUCAUUGGCUUAGCCAAGGACGUGACCAUCGUGAGCUCCUCCUCGGUGGUCUUUGGGGAUCCCAUUUCGCAUCAGCAGAUGGUGGGUUUUCUGGUGACCCUUUUUGGCAUGGCCCUCUGGAGCCACCUGAAGUUAACAGAGCAAGCCCAGAACGAGGAGAUUCCCAUCAUCAACAAGAAAGCGGAGAACGCCUGA